AUGAAGCGGUCACAAGCGUUGGAACGCCUAGAGAAACUGACCAGCGAGUUAAAUGUUUUCGUUCAGUCAAAGGUCAACAUCCACAAGGAGAUAAAAAACAAGACGACUAGUUUGAAAAGAAAAAUUCGUUCUCCCGAAAGCGGAGCUUUUCAUACUCCCAAGAAGCUGAAAGACCUUGGACCUGGUCAUCCCAUCAAGAAGCAGGAAGUGGUUAAGGAUCUUCCACAAAACUCUGGUGAACAGAACAAGAAGCCAGGCUGGGAAAAGGUGCAGUCCAGAAAGGACAAGAAGAAGGAGCGCAGGAAACUGCCCCCAGAAAAACCUCUGGUGCCUCCACCGAAGCCGAACCAGAACCCAAGAAGAACAGCAACGAGACCGGAGGCACUUAUUAUCCGUCCAGCGAACAAAGAUAAGUAUUCUGAAAUACUUACACGGAUCAAGGCGGACGUUCGCCCAGAUCAGGUCCGCAACAUAGUCGAGAAGAUACGCAGGAUCGCGACAGGGAACAUUCUCAUCACGCUGUCGAAAGGGCUAAUCACAGUAAAGAAUGGAUGGUUGGAGUUUGCAGAUCCCGUAAAACAGUGGAAAAUAUUAGUAACUCAUUAUGGUGGACUAGGUGGACUUGCUAUUAUUGGAAUAAUUUUCGCUGCUAUCAUUCCUUGUAUUGGUUUAUUUUUCUGUUGUUGUCGAUGUGCUGGUAAUUGUGGGGCUAGAAGUCAACCAUUUGACAAAAAAUAUGAUCAUUGUCGGAAAGUAUUUCUCAACAUUCUUCUUAUUGGAGUGUCAACAAUUAUAUUAUUUGGAGUUGUUUGUGCUUUUGUUACCAACGAAUAUAUGCAAGAGGGUAUUGAAAACUUACCGAGCAGAGCUAAAACUAAUUUGAAAGAUGUUGAGUUGUAUCUUACUACAACUAAAAAACAAAUUAGUACUUUGCUUACAACAAAUUAUAAUGAACUUGAAAUUACGCUCAACAAUAUUCUUCAAGCAAGUGGAAAAAUUGUCACCGAAGAACUUGCAGCGUAUUCUCAUGCUGUAUCAUUGACCAAUUUAAAUGAAAUUGUUUCUGGUUUAGAUACUAUUAGACAAGAUCUUCGAAUGAUAGAUAAACUCACCCGGAACUUGAGAACUAAUGCGAGUCAAUUAGAUAUUGUUGUUCGAGGUGUUAAAAAAAAUUUGCUAGAAACAUUAACAGGAUGUAAAAAUCAUGAGUGUCAGCAAGUAUUACAUGAUUAUAAAAUAAAUCAGAUGUCAAUACAAGUUGAUUUCGACAAGUAUAUGGACCAAUACUUUCCGAAGCUUCCUGAUGUAACUUUAGCACUACGUAAUAUAACAUCUCUAAUGGAAGGAAAUAUCGUAUCGGAAGUCAGUCAAGGCAGAGAAACUUUUCUAAAAAUUCAAAGAAAUAUUCAACAGGCUGUAAAUGAAACAAUUCCAGUUGUUAGUGCAAGUAUUGAAAAUGCUGGGCGCUCAUUGGCUAGCGCAUCUAAAAACAUAACUUCACUUAUUGAUAAAAUUAAUAAGGAGAUAACUAAAGUUUAUAUUCCUCAUUUAAAAAUUGCUCAAGAUAAUAUUGAAGAAUACUCAAUUUACAGGUAUUAUUUUGGUCUUGGUGUAUCUAGUGUGUUAUUAACGAUAUUCACACUGCUAACAUUUGGAUUAUUAUGUGGUAUUUGUGGGAAGCGUCCUGAUGGAUUUGGUGAUGAUUGUUGUAACAAAGGAACUGGUGGACGUUUUUUAAUGAUAGCAGUAUGGAUAAUAUUCUUAUUGACAAGUAUCUUGAUAGUUAUCACUACAGUGCUCAUGAUAAUUGGAGUAAUGUCACAUCGUGCAAUUUGUGAACCUUUACAAAAUCCUAAAGACAACCAUAUAUUUGAAUUGGUUGAUGAGUUGGUUCAAGUUAAGCAAUUACUUUAUCCCAAUAAUUUAGAGGCUGAUAUUAAUUUAAGCUGGAUUGUAACACAUUGUCAUAAAAAUGAAACUCUAUACAACGUGUUGAAAUUAAAAUAUUUAAUGGAACUAGAUUCACUUAAAAAUUUUGUUGAUCGUUAUGCAAUUAGUAGUACAAUCGAUCAAUUACGUGAAAUGAUAAAUCUUUCUCCAGGCAUUGUAAUACUCACCGAAAGUGCUACAUCUAAAUUAAAUGACUUAGCUCAAAGUGGAUUAAGUGACAUUAAAUUUUAUCAGUAUGCAGAACUUUUGAAAGAUAAUAUUACAAAUGUUAAUUUAGAACAUCUUGGAACUGAGUUACGACGAAUAGCUGCUGCAUUACCAAGUAGUCAAGCAAAUAUUACUGACAGUCUUCUUAAAAAUGCUCAUGAUUUAGAUCAUUAUCAUAAAGAUUUAAUUUUACCGAUGACAUUAUUAAGUGAACAACUUAGUACGAGUGCUCUUGAACUUCAAGAACACAUCAAAUUCAAUCAUGGUUCUAUGUCGGAAGCUAUUCAUAAUUUAGUUAGUGAAGUAAUGGUAGCACAACAGUUUUUAAAUAAAGAUGGUCCAAAAUAUGUACAAAUUCUUGCUACUAAGUUUGGAGAAGCAUUUCUACAUCAAGUAAACGGCUUUUUAGAACAUUUAAUAAAAACUGCACGUGAUACGAUUGGUCGAUGUGGUCCUGUUUCGAAUGCUUACAAUUCUACAAUUGUUGAUGGGUGCAAUAGAAUCCUUGAUCCAUUCAAUGGAUUUUGGGUCAGCGUAGGUUGGUGUCUUAUUUUAUUCUUACCGACUGUAGUUUUAUGUGUUAAAUUGAGUGCGUUAUAUCAGAAAUCGGAUCCUUAUCCUGGACCUCUUGUUGAAUCGUACUGAAUUAAUAUUAUGAAUGACGAAUAAAAAAUAAAUAAAUAUGUACAAAAUAGCUCGUCACUAUCUAUUUGGCAUUUAUAGCUAUACUACGAGUUAACAAGUAUUUCUGAUAUUUAUUCUUAAACAUAUUUAUCACCAUGAAAUUUUAUGUAUGUGACAUGGCACAACUCUUGUUUAUGUGAUGAAUGUGUACUCGAAUAAUGAAGAUAUAGGAAGAAAAAAUACUCAAAAUAUUGAACAAAACUUGAAAACGGAGCUAAGAGAAAACUGUACACCUUAAGCCGGAGUGCAAUAAUUAUUUAACGAUUAUGUACAUACUUUGUUAUACGUUACAUGAUUUUCAUAAGUGAUUUCUUGAUUUAAAUAAAUAUAAUAAUUUAUCCUAUAAAAUUAAUUUUCAAGACUGGUAAUAAUUUUUUGAUAAAUAUGUCGUGUAAAUAUAACAUCAUUCGUUUUCUUUAAGACUUAUUAUUAUUAUGUAAGUUUUUGAAACAUUUUAAUUGUAAUAAUAAUUUUAAUGACUUAAAAGUAACACUGAUCAAAGUCCUUUAAAACUUAUCGUAAAUUGGUCACAAGUAACCGUGUUUCCAUUAAAACUACGUCUGGUAUUGUAAACGAUGUAAUUUUGUGUCUACACAUGAGUAAAAAAAGUUUUUAAAGUAAACUUUCAUGUUGCAAUUAGUAUGCAUAGUUUAUGUAUGAAUUGGAUGUUCGCUUUUUAAAAAUGAAUUGUAUAUUUAUGAAAAAAAACUUUUUUAAAAUAAAUAUUAGAGAAAUUAA